ACUCGCAAAUUCCAUGUCAGCUGUCAACGUUUAAGUGCCGCUAUCACCCCAGAGGUCUUGAUAAUUUCUUCAUUUCUUUUCCCUUUACAGCACCGGUCGGCGAGUUUACUUCAACUUAUUAUCUUCAAAGUCCUCCACCAACCUCAAUACACCGACCAAUAUAAUAAUCAUUUAACCUAUAAAUACCGGCAAUAUGAAAUCUGGGUACACGUCUCUCUACGCCACCAGGGUGCUAGGUGAUCGCGUUACCUCAUAUUCGGAGUUUCAAUCACUUCGGAUUCCUCAACCUAUCAAAGACUACCAUACCCGAAUCUCUAAGGAGCGCGAUGACUCCAACUAUAUGAUCUCAACCUUCGAGUCUCAGGCCCUUGUCUUCCUUGCUCGAGCCAUUGGCGCUAAACGAGUCCUUGAGAUUGGUGUUUACGUUGGGUACUCGGCUAUGAUUUGGAGCCACGCUGUCGGUCCUCAGGGUAAAGUUACUGGCCUCGAGUGCAAUGAAGAGUACGCCAAGUUGGCACAGGAGACUUGGAAGGAUCAGGGUUACGAGAAUAUCGAUGUACAUGUCGGUCCUGCCGCUGAGACUCUCACCAAGCUCGCUGAUAUAAGCGAACCUUAUGAUAUCAUCUUCAUCGACGCGGACAAGACGGGCUACAGCGGCUACCUACGCCAGAUCCUGGAGAUGUCGGCUCCAGGUGCUAAGAAUCGACUCCUCCGGCCCGGUGGCAUCAUUGCAGCGGACAACACGCUACGCCAAGGCUUAGUUGUCGACACUACCCCGGACAACCCCUGGCGACCCGCCGACUUCGAUAACCCCGAGUCCUUUCAGGCCAUCGCUGUGGCUGCCAUUAACGAGUACAACGACCUCGCGGGUGAUAACGACCGUUUAGAGACAUUUCUAGUCCCUCUUUGGGACGGUCUGCACUUGUCCAGACUGGUGGACUAAGUUGGUCAUCGGAAUUUUCUUCAUCAUGGGGAACUUGAGCCUGCUUGAUUGCGAUAUCGCGGCUUCAUUUGCAUUAGCAUUUCCGAGGCUUUUUCUUUAAAGGAAAUAAGAAAUAUGCUCAAUCGCCUACGAAAGUACAGAAUGAGAUACACGCCUUACAUGAUCCGUUCGCUCAUAGGCUCUAUAGUUAAUCAAAUUGAUUGCGAAAUAUUAAAACUUUAUUUUUAUUUUUAAAUAUUGAUGUCUGGAACCUAGCUCGCGUAUGACCCUUGACUCG